AUGUUUAAGAGAAUCUUCAAGAAGAAGAACAAGCUCCCCUCCAGCGAGAGCCAGCUCCCCAAAAACUACGAGCUGGUGACCGUUCUGGGAAAGGGAGUCUUUGGAGAAGUGCUUAAAUGCACCAAAGUGGACACCAAGGAGACGGUCGCUGUGAAGAUCCCUCAAAAUAGCAGCGAACUGGACGAUGAAUUGACUGUCCUCAACUAUUUCAAGGAGAUGAAUCUGGACAACGACAACAUCGUCCGAUUCAUCGACUCUUUCAAACUCGGAGACAAGAAGCUUGCUCUGGUGUUUGAAAUGAUGGAGAUGACACUAAGAGACUUUCUAAUGGACCAGAGGAACUUCACCCCUCUGUGUUUUGAUGAAGUUCGAGCUAUAAUUGAACAGUCUGCCAGUGGAUUGAAAGCGCUGAAGGAUAUCAACGUGAUCCACUCAGACUUAAAGCUCGACAACAUUAUGCUGAACGUGCAGCCCCUCACUGUGAAGCUGAUUGAUUUUGGAGUCGCUUUUCACAGCCGUACAGCAGAGCAGGGUGAUAUUCACCAACCAGCACACUAUCGAGCUCCAGAAGUGAUGUUGGGACUCCCAUUUUCAGAGGCCAUCGACAUGUGGUCUCUGGGUGUGGUGAUGGGGUACAUAGCCCUCGGUGAAUCCCUCUUCCCAGGCUUUUUUGAUUAUGACACAGUGGACUGCAUGGUGGAUCUGUUUGGGGUUCCUCCAGACCACCUUCUGUGUGCUGGGAUGUAUUCGAAAGAAUAUUUUGUUCAAGACCCUGCUGGACAGUGGAGGCUGAAGACACGUGAGGAGUUCUGGGACAAUAAUGUACUUUCCUAUGGCCGCAAGUUAUACCACUAUCGCAGCCUGGAUGAAGUAGAAAAUUUGGACCUGGUGGACAUGAGAGAGGUGGACGUCCAAGAGAAGAGGAUGUGCAUCGACCUGCUGAAGGGAAUGCUUCAGCUGGAUGCAGAUGUGAGGCUAACACCAGAUCAAGUCCUCGCUCAUCCCUUUAUUACAUGGCGCGACCAACACUAUACCUCAUGCUGUGAAAGUUUGAACAGUAGCAGUGAACCAGGUACCUGCGAAAAACCUGAACUGGAGACCCUCAAAGAAACUGAGGCAGGGACCAGUCAGGUAACUGAGCUAGAGUCCCUUGAACUAGACAGCAUGGAAGACAGUGAAUCAGAGCUCACUGACAUAAGUGAAAUAGACACUAGCGACCUAGAGAGCAUUAGCGACACUGAAUCAGAGCUCACUGAGAUCAGUGAAAUAGCGACCUGCGAUCUAGAGAGCAUUGAAGACAGUGACUCAUGGACCAGCCUGUUCUUUCAUGAAUGCUAUGAACUCCUUAAGCCCAGCACCAGCCAGGCUGAUGAAGACAGAAAUGUUCAGUCUGCACCACCUAAAUACUGCCUGCGCUGGAAGGAGGACAGCGGACAUCAGAGGGAGACUUGGAGACAACGUCAGCUCUCUCUCCCUCUGCUUCCCUGUAGCAUGUCCCAGGAGGACAAUGACACCACAUCUGAGCUCCAGCAGAACAAGGAGAAGAAGGGCUUUAAGCGCUUCUGUUCCUGGAUGAGGAGGACGUUCUGCUGCUGCAUCAGUGUGGAUGAGGAGGAGGGCUGA